GCUGUGCCCACGAGACUCUAGAUGCGCCGCCACUACUUCCAUGCCCACACACGAUGGCACAGUGCGAUAUGUGCCGUACUCUUUCUCGUUGGAUCCGUCUACGCCGCCUGGCUACCCGACGACGAUCACACCAUGGCAAAGUGCUAUUACCUGCGCCUGGGCCCUCCAAUAUUCUACCCGGCGCCCGUACGAAUAUUGAGACAAAGACGCACUCUCAUUGGGCACCGCUGGCCCACUGCCAGUCGAAGAUUGGCGGGCUCCUCUCAUUUAUCAUUCUAACUCUCUUCUCAUUUCUUUCGGAUCUUCCUCUCGUAAAACAGUAAGUAACUCUUUAAGCUUUGUCGCUUGUAAGC